AUGUCUCACAAUAAUUACAACCUAGGAGACGACUCAGAAGGAACUUUCUCGAGCCAAGCUCACACCUUCAAUCUGCCACCGCGAAUCAACACCGCCAGCGCUCAACUCGGUCCCGCCAGUGCUAGAGGAGGGGAUGUAUUGUCAGAUGUAUCGGAAGAUUCGGGAUGGAGCGACUUAUGCAAAGGAUCAGCGGCAACUUUAUACCUAUCUCGAACAGAUGGUUCGGAACAAGCCCGGGUUGUCAAGAAACUUAUGAGGGUUGAUCCUCAGUACUUUGAGAACAAUGGUGACGGAAGGGAAUUCGAUGCCAAAUUUAGUUCGUGGUCCUUGCUACAGGACCAUCGAAUAGCUUCAGUAUUCUCUGUCGAUUCCAGGACUUUAACUUUCCAUCAAGAUUUUUACCCACGCGGAGACCUGCGUCGGUUUUGUCAACAAGGCCUAUCUGGUACAAUGUGCAGGGGUGUGUUUCGAGAUAUCCUUGCAGGAGUCUUGUAUUUACACACUCAAAUGCCUCCAAUUGUUCACGGAUGCAUCAAUCCGUCUCACGUUCGUAUUCUCGAGCUACUCCUGUCCGGAGUGGAUCCGAAUCUUAAUGAAGACAUACCAACAGUUAUAUCAGUCAUCGACCUACGGACUGCUCAGCUCGCAUGGCAACUUAUCAAAAAAUGCUGGAGGCCAACUGAAGAGCGACCUGUUGCAAAACAGCUCCUUCAGGAGCUGGACUCGCUAUUGAACAAUUCGAGACCUCUCGGACCGGCAUCUUUGGAGACGAAACUCGUUUCAGCCGUAGAGGGCCCGUCUCUCCGUGGGGGCUGCGAUAAAAUAAUCAGUCCAAGGAUGAUGGUAGAUGAAGUUCUGCGUCAACUUCACAGUCAUGGAUGCAAAAGCAUGUCGCCCUACGUAAACAGAUCGAUGUCUGGCGAUAAUCCGGUGGCGUGUGGUGGUUUUGGAGAUAUCUAUCGCGGAGUACUCAAUAAUGGGGCAGAGGUUAGCCUGAAGUGUGUGAGGCUGGAGGUCAAUUUAGACGACGGUGGGCAAAGGAAGAUCAAGGAUGCUGCGCACGAGCUAUACAUUUGGUCGAAGUGUAAGCAUCCGAAUGUUCUGGAAUUAAUGGGGGUGACAGAGCACUACGGCUACCUCGCGAUGGUUUCUCCAUGGAUGGAGAAUGGCGACCUAACCCAGUUUCUAGCUGAACACCCCGAUGUCGACCGGUACAACCUGUGUGGGCAAAUAGCUGAUGGAGUUGCGUAUCUGCAUCAAGAAAAUGUGGCCCAUGGAGACAUAAGAGGGGUAAACGUCCUGAUAUCAAAGGACCAUACACCCAAGAUAACAGGUUUUGUUGCACAUCGAAUCGAUCGCACCUCCAAGUUUACCGAGACCAGUGGUUCUCAAACCAUGUCGAUUCGUUGGAUGGCUCCUGAAGUUAUAGGUGACAUCACCGAAAAGAGCACACCUGAGGGAGAUAUCUUUUCGCUUGGAAGCACGAUUCUGGAGGUGUUUACAGGAAACGUGCCUUUUCCUGGUGUAAGUACCCCUACCGUGAUCAUGAAGCUUUUGGCAGGAGGACAUCCCGCCAGACCGGAAGAGCAUAUACCGACUGGCGAUGACAGGGCAGACCUGUUGUGGUCGCUUCUGUCUGAUUGCUGGGCAUUUAAACCAGAGGAUAGGCCAACUGUGGAUAAUAUAAAGUGCAGAGUCAAUGAGAAUUAUCGGGUCGAUGUAAUUAAUGAGGGCCACAUGUUUGGCUCAUUUGUUUACAUGACUACAUGGGUCAACAAGACGGGAUUCAUCGGAUUGUUCAAGAGUAUGAUGUUUGACUGUUUAGAGAGCAGCAAAGAUGAAUGA